AUUGUCCCUCGUCAGCUGUUGGUCGUUGGGGUCUGCUGCAGCAAACAUUUUUAAUUUGGGGUAUUGAAAAUGUUUCGGUAAGGGAUUUAGUAACGACACUGACAGAAACUAAAGGUAGCGAGGCUCAAUAGCGUGUGAAGAUGGUUGUAAAACGUACAGGCGAUGGACAAGAUGGCUCCUCGAAGUUUCCAGGUUAUGGCAAAGGAAGGGCGCCACUGAUCGAAUUUGUUGAACUUAAAGACAUUGAAUUUGAAAUCGAUGAAGUGUUGAGGCCACCAGAAACCGAUGACACUCCCGUGCAAAAUGGCACUGUACCAAAUGGACAUGUUCCCAAUGGCAAGGUCCCCAAUGGCAAGGUUCGCAACGGUUCUGUUGCAAAUGGAGAUAUUCCGGAACUGCACGAAAUUGACGUAGAAAAAUUGCCACCGUCGACGGAAACCAGUGUGUUGAUCAAAACUCCAUACGAGAAGGACGAUGUAUCAACGACACCACCGCCUGUUGACAGGUUUAAGCUUGUUUACUGGAUUUUUGUUCUUCAUGGUAUUGGGACCUUAUUACCAUGGAAUAUGUUUAUAACAGCUGAAGCUUAUUUUACCGAGCACAAAUUUGGCAAUGUUAGUGACAAUGCAGAGUAUAAGGAUAAAUUCCUUAGUUAUCUCGGCAUUGCUGGCUUUGUACCAACUCUAUGCUUUAUGGUGGUUACUCUUUUCAUUUCUCACAAGACCAUGACCAAGUCAAGGAUUGGUUAUAGUAUCAUUUUAAUUAUUCUUUUGUUCGUGCUUACAGAAGUCCUUGCCAUUAUAGAUACCUCAUCAUGGCCAGGGAUUUUUUAUGGUAUAACUAUGGGGACUAUUGUUAUUUUCAAUGGAGCUUCUGCGGUUUACCAAUCCAGUCUGUUUGGUUUAGCUGGCAGUUUACCAGCUAAGUAUACUCAGGCUGUGUUAGCCGGACAGGGUCUCGGAGGCACCUUUGUAUCAAUAGUCAGUAUUCUUUCCAUGGCAAGUACAUCAUCCUUACAAGCAGCUGGAGUGGGAUACUUUGGAUGUGCUUUGGUUGUUCUUGUUAUUUGUUUCAUAUCAUUCAUUGUUAUGAACAGAUUGCCCUUUGUUAAGUACUAUUUACACACUACACAUAUAGAUGACAAUGAAAAGACCGAUUUCACACCCAAGGCAACUCCACCAUUCCUGCAAAUCUUCUGGCAGAUCAAAUGGCAAAUCUUUAAUAUCUGGAUGGUGUUCUUUGUUACAUUAACUUGCUUCCCUGCAGUGCUUGUACAAGUGGAAACUAGUGAUGAGGAUCCCAGUGACUUCAAAUUGAAAUACUUUACCCCAGUGACUUGUUUUUUGUUAUUCAACCUCUGUGACUUUGUUGGCAGUAUCUUUCCAGCCUGGAUCAGAUGGCCUUCAUCUGGACGUCUAUGGAUACCUUCCACUCUUCGGCUCAUCUUUAUUCCUAUCUUUCUCUUCUGUAACUACCGACCAUAUGACAGGACACUGCCAGUUUUGAUAAACAACGACUAUGUUUACAUUGCUAUUGUACUGGUGUUCUCCCUAUCAUCUGGUUAUCUAAAGAGUUUGCCCAUGAUGGCUGCUCCAAAAUUAGUGGAUGCUGAGCAUGCUUCAACAGCUGGUACUAUGAUGGCUCUCUUUCUCGUCCUUGGCAUCUUCUGUGGUCUUAAUUUCUCUUUAAUUUGUCCUGUCAUUGUUUCAUUAGGAUGAAAUCUUAUCAAAGUAUAUAUAAAAACUGUAUAAAGGAUUCUGGAUUGUUUGUUGUUACUGUAAUAGCUUAUUGUUAAAUUAAUCUGGUAAAGAUGGGACUGAUGGAACAGCUACUUUCAAAAAAUAAUAUUUGUGUACUUUCAGUAUUGUAAAAAUAUUAUAUAGUUUUCACUCGGUUGGAAAAUGCUGCAGUUGUGUUUCCCAACUAAUUUUUAUAAAAGCCAGAUUCACUAUCUCAUCGAAUUCAGUAGUUAUACAUGUGAAGAAGGACAUUUUCAGUAUUAUUGCAUUAAUAUGUUUAAUAUAAGCCAUGGCUUGAUCAAGUUAUCAAGGGGAUAAAAGUGCCGUGAAUAUCAGUGCUUACAUAGCUGAUAUGAAAUUUACUGGUAAUGAGGGCAUUGUUUAUUAUGUGAAUAAUAAGCUAGAAUGACUUACAUAAUAUAGAAUGUCAAAUAGAUGGCAUGUCAAGUUUAUGCUUGUAUUUUUAUAUACAACAUUCUUUAUUUUAUCAAUAUUUACCCAUAUUUUAUUAGCAGAAUCCAGGUUAGGAGGCUGCUGUGUUUAGAAAACGUGUCAAUAUAACAGCUAUUGAUACAAAGGGUUACUCAUUUACUAGAGAGGCUCAACACAUGUACUUACAAGGUAUAUCAAUCAUUUAAAAAUAAUUACUUAGGUUAUCAUGCGUGGUUUGUAACCUAUUUUUAAUAUGGAAUACAACCAUUCUAAUUUUUCUAACUCCCUCCAGAUUACCUCGUUUUUUAAUUUUUUAUGUACAAUAUGAAUCGUAUAUAGUUUAUUCUGUGAACAUGUUUCCUGUAUAUCUGGAGUUUAAUUUUUAUUAAUAAUAAGCUUUUUAUAAUGUACACCUUUUAUGUGCGAUAGAUUCGUGCAUAUUCUUGUAUCUUGGGAGAUAUUAUGACAUAUGUCAUCUAUUUAAAUGUGUAUU